CUGACGGGUUCAAAAUGGCGGCGGCUGCUUCAGCGGCUCCUCCUGUGUGAGGGAAACAACACCCCUCCCCGGCAUCAGCGGCGGCAGCAGCGGCGGCUGCGGCUCGCAGAGCACCUUUCCAGCGGCUGGGCCUGUCGCCGCUCUGUCUAUUCUGGGCAAGGGGCGCACCGGGAGGAGGAGCAACGCCAGGGGGCCCAUCCCCCGGAAUCCCUUCUCUGCGACUGGGGAGUAACCGGGGGCUCGUCUCGCAGCGCGGAGCCCGGGCUGAGGGGGAGACGCGAGGGGAGCCCGGGCCCCCAGCCCGGCGCGCCUUGCCGCUCCCGCCCUCUCUGCCCCCCGGGGCCGGGGCCCGCGUUCCGGGGGGCCGGGGCGGCGCGGGGAGCCUCGGGCCGGCCGGUCUCAGCUGAUCGGCCGCCGAUCUCGGGCUCCGGAGACGGUCAGGCGGCUGCUGGCCGCGGGCACGGCGAGGAGGGUGCUUCCCGCGGCCGGGGCCGGCCCGGGUCUCGGGCUCCGGCUGCUGACCGCUGGCCCGGGGGAGGCGGGGGCGCCCCGGGCUCGGCGCCGAGGGGUCGCGCUCCCCUCUCCUGACGCCUCCGACUCCCGGUCUCCAAAGCCAGAAGAGGAGGUUUGAUUCAGCAACUGUUUCCUCUCUUUUCCGGGUCGCUCUGACCCUCUCUGGAUACUGGGUUGAUCCACGGAAAAAAACGAAGGAAGACGACGUUUGGGAUUUAAUUUUUUCUCUCAGUUUUUGGAAUCUUUUACUUCUCUUUUGGUCAAGAACUCAAGAGCAAAACCCCCGUGUUGCAAUCAAUCUGGUUCCUAAGGAGGAAGAAGGCAGCCCUGGAGUGGUUUCUUUACAGUAAUUUCAACAGAAGAGUGAGAGAUGGAACCCGAAGAAGAAAGGAUUCGUUACAGCCAGAGAUUGCGUGGUACCAUGCGACGACGUUAUGAAGAUGAUGGCAUUUCAGAUGAUGAAAUUGAAGGGAAAAGAACUUUUGACUUGGAAGAGAAACUUCACACCAAUAAAUAUAAUGCAAAUUUUGUUACUUUUAUGGAGGGAAAAGUGCCAUUCACACACUACCAUCCCCAAAUCCUCCCACCCUAUUUUAAUGUGGAGUAUAUCCAGCGGGGUGGCUUAAGAGACCCUCUGAUUUUCAAGAAUUCUGAUGGACUUGGAAUAAAGAUGCCAGAUCCAGACUUCACUGUGAAUGAUGUCAAAAUGUGUGUGGGGAGUCGUCGCAUGGUGGAUGUCAUGGAUGUGAACACACAGAAAGGUAUUGAAAUGACGAUGGCUCAGUGGACACGCUACUAUGAGACCCCAGAGGAGGAGCGAGAAAAACUCUAUAAUGUCAUCAGCCUAGAGUUUAGCCACACCAGGCUGGAGAACAUGGUGCAGAGGCCCUCCACGGUGGAUUUCAUUGACUGGGUAGACAACAUGUGGCCAAGGCAUUUGAAGGAAAGUCAGACUGAAUCAACAAAUGCCAUCUUGGAGAUGCAGUACCCUAAAGUGCAGAAGUACUGUCUAAUGAGUGUUCGAGGCUGCUAUACUGACUUCCAUGUCGACUUUGGUGGUACCUCUGUCUGGUAUCACAUCCAUCAAGGGGGAAAGGUCUUCUGGCUCAUCCCCCCUACAGCCCACAACCUGGAGCUGUACGAGAAUUGGCUGCUGUCAGGGAAACAGGGAGACAUCUUUCUGGGUGACCGGGUGUCAGAUUGCCAGCGCAUUGAGCUCAAGCAGGGCUAUACCUUCGUCAUUCCCUCAGGCUGGAUUCAUGCUGUGUAUACUCCUACAGACACGUUAGUGUUUGGAGGCAAUUUUUUGCACAGUUUCAAUAUCCCCAUGCAGUUAAAAAUAUACAACAUUGAAGAUCGGACACGGGUUCCAAAUAAGUUUCGCUAUCCAUUCUACUAUGAGAUGUGUUGGUAUGUGUUGGAGCGCUAUGUGUACUGCAUAACCAACCGCUCCCACCUAACCAAGGAAUUUCAGAAAGAGUCCCUCAGCAUGGAUUUGGAGUUAAAUGGGUUGGAAUCUGGAAAUGGAGAUGAAGAAGCAGUGGAUCGAGAACCCCGGCGCUUGAGCAGUAGGCGUUCUGUCCUCACUAGCCCUGUAGCCAAUGGGGUCAACCUGGAUUAUGAUGGACUGGGCAAAACUUGCCGAAGUCUUCCAAGUCUGAAGAAAAGCUUGUCUGGAGACUCAUCAUCUGACUCUAGCCGGGGCUCUCACAAUGGCCAAGUGUGGGAUCCCCAGUGUAGUCCCCGAAAGGACAGGCAGGUGCAUCUCACCCAUUUUGAGCUUGAAGGCCUUCGCUGCCUUGUGGACAAGUUGGAGUCUCUGCCACUGCACAAGAAAUGUGUCCCUACAGGGAUAGAAGAUGAAGAUGCUCUCAUUGCUGAUGUAAAGGUUUUGCUGGAGGAGCUUGCCAACAGUGAUCCCAAGUUAGCCCUCACUGGAGUCCCUAUAGUACAGUGGCCAAAAAGGGAUAAGCUUAAAUUCCCCACCCGGCCAAAGGUGCGGGUUCCUACCAUCCCCAUCACAAAGCCUCACACUAUGAAACCAGCUCCACGGUUAACACCUGUGAGGCCAGCUGCUGCCUCCCCCAUAGUGUCUGGAGCCCGGCGGAGACGAGUACGAUGUCGAAAGUGCAAAGCCUGUGUGCAAGGAGAAUGUGGUGUGUGCCACUACUGCAGGGACAUGAAGAAGUUUGGAGGGCCUGGUCGUAUGAAGCAGUCCUGUGUCCUCCGGCAGUGCUUGGCACCCAGACUGCCUCACUCAGUCACAUGCUCCCUCUGUGGAGAAGUGGAUCAAAAUGAGGAGACACAGGACUUUGAAAAGAAACUCAUGGAAUGCUGUAUCUGCAAUGAGAUUGUUCAUCCUGGCUGCCUCCAGAUGGAUGGAGAGGGGUUGCUUAACGAGGAAUUGCCAAAUUGCUGGGAGUGUCCCAAGUGCUACCAGGAGGACAGCUCAGAGAAAGCCCAGAAGCGGAAAAUGGAAGAGAGUGAUGAAGAAGCUGUGCAAGCCAAAGUCCUGCGGCCCCUGCGGAGCUGUGACGAGCCCCUCACACCCCCGCCUCACUCACCCACUUCCAUGCUACAACUCAUCCAUGACCCGGUUUCCCCCCGGGGUAUGGUGACUCGGUCAUCCCCUGGGGCUGGCCCCAGCGACCACCACAGUGCCAGCCGCGAUGAGCGCUUCAAACGGCGGCAGUUGCUGCGGCUACAGGCCACAGAGCGCACCAUGGUACGGGAAAAGGAGAACAAUCCCAGCGGCAAAAAGGAGCUGUCUGAAGUUGAGAAAGCCAAGAUCCGGGGAUCGUACCUCACUGUCACGCUGCAGAGGCCCACCAAAGAGCUCCACGGGACAUCCAUUGUGCCCAAGCUGCAGGCCAUCACGGCCUCCUCUGCCAACCUUCGCCAUUCCCCCCGCGUGCUAGUGCAGCACUGCCCAGCCCGAACCCCCCAGCGUGGGGAUGAGGAGGGGCUGGGGGGAGAGGAAGAGGAGGAGGAGGAGGAGGAGGAGGAAGAUGACAGUGCAGAGGAGGGGGGUGCAGCCAGGCUGAAUGGCCGGGGCAGUUGGGCUCAGGAUGGAGACGAAAGCUGGAUGCAGCGGGAGGUCUGGAUGUCUGUCUUCCGCUACCUCAGCCGCAGAGAACUUUGUGAAUGUAUGCGAGUGUGCAAGACGUGGUAUAAAUGGUGCUGUGACAAGAGACUUUGGACGAAAAUUGACUUGAGUAGGUGUAAGGCUAUUGUACCCCAGGCUCUCAGUGGCAUCAUCAAGAGGCAGCCAGUUAGCCUUGACCUCAGUUGGACCAACAUCUCUAAAAAACAACUGACAUGGCUCGUCAAUAGGCUGCCAGGACUGAAAGACCUUCUCCUAGCCGGCUGUUCCUGGUCUGCAGUCUCUGCCCUUAGCACCUCCAGCUGCCCCCUUCUCAGGACCCUUGAUCUUCGGUGGGCAGUAGGAAUCAAGGACCCUCAGAUUCGGGACUUGCUGACUCCACCUGCUGAUAAGCCAGGUCAGGACAAUCGCAGCAAGCUCCGGAACAUGACGGACUUCCGGCUGGCAGGCCUUGACAUCACAGAUGCCACGCUUCGCCUCAUUAUUCGCCACAUGCCCCUCCUGUCUCGACUCGACCUCAGUCACUGCAGCCACCUGACAGAUCAGUCCUCCAAUCUACUCACUGCUGUCGGGUCUUCCACUCGUUACUCCCUCACAGAGCUCAAUAUGGCAGGUUGCAAUAAAUUGACAGACCAGACCCUGAUCUACCUACGGCGCAUCGCCAAUGUCACCUUGAUCGACCUUCGAGGAUGCAAGCAGAUCACUCGAAAAGCCUGCGAGCACUUCAUCUCAGACUUGUCCAUCAACAGUCUCUACUGUCUGUCUGACGAGAAGCUGAUACAGAAGAUCAGCUAAGACACACCCGGCCCAGACUGAACAGGAAGCCGAUCUUCCCUGACUCCCUAGCCGGGAGAGCUUCUCUCCCUGACCCUGCACAGGCUCUGAGGCCAACGUCACACUCCCUCUCUGCUUUCCUGUCCUUUGAGCCCUUCCCCUAUAGGCGGGGCAGAGAGUGUGGUGGACACCAGGCUUACCUGCCUGCUCCUCUCCCUCCUAAGGAAAAGGGAGUAGCAAAUUGAUCUAAGGGAAAAGCAUAGGCUGUGUGCUGUCAAGGUGCCAGCUCACCUGCACGCUUGCCGCCUGCCUGCCAGGAGGCCAAGCUCUCAGUUGGGUCGUCUGUGCAACUAUCAUCUGUGCUAGGCCCUGGGGCCUUCCUCCCAUCCAUGGUCCCAGCAGUGCCUGGUUCUGAGCAAACUCCCAGGGAGGAAAGCAGCCCUGUCUCCGUGGCCAGGUUCUCCUUUUGGUGCCCAGUGUCUCUCCUCUGUCACACUCUCCCGGCUUAUAUAGGAGGGGCCAGGAGCCCCAGGAAUGCCAGACCCAUACAGAUCACACUGGUGCUGUUGAGGUGUCUAAGACCUCAUCUGUGUCUGUCCUCCCCUCUCCUCCAGUUAGCUUGAUCCUGUCCGAUACACCACGUCAGUUCACAUAAUGAGGCUACCCCACCCUAGACUUUCCUGCCGGUCUCUAAUGAGGUCCUGAGGUCCUUGUUGCACUUAUUGGGGUUGAGGCUCUUCAGAGGAGCUGGAACUGUAUCCCAGGGACACCCCCAUUUUAUUGCUUUCUAAGCAGAUUCUGAGACAGGCAUCAUCUCCUUGUUCCCCCUCCUCCUUUAGCCUCCCACUGCCCUUUUCCAUAUCUUUAUUCCUGCCUGAAUAGGGCUUUCCCAGGAUGCGGGUCCUCAAAGGGAGCAGCCUGUCUGCCCCAGCUCGGGGGAGCAGAGAUCUGGGCCAGGUUUCCACCUGCCUCCCAGCAGGCACCAGGCCUCUAGUGUAGUGUAAUCCCUAGAGCCCAGACCUGUGUUUAGUCCCAGUGGCUCACUGAUCUGGCACCAUUGGGAGGAGGGGGAGCUCCUGCUUAGAAGCCAGUCACCUGCCCUCUGCCUGCGGCCCUGGAAGGGGGUGUGCAUGUGCCUCUGUGUGUGUGGCUGAGUGUAUUACGCGUGUGUGUGGGGAGGGAAGGAGGGGAGCAUGGUGUCUCCUACUUUACCUCCCUGUGUCAAGCCCCAUCAGCUGCCCCCUUUUUCUUUGCAUUGAACGGCCUGUCCAAAGAUCCUCUCUCUAGGGCAGCAGAGAGCUUUUUGCACUUUAAAAAAAAGAAAGAAAGAAAGGUCGGAAUUUCUUUUGGGUCAAUAUUGAAAUGUGUGAGGAGAUGCUCAAUAGCAGCAGCCUGUGGCAAGAGCUUAUAAGUAAGUGAUAGAUGCGGAUUUGCACUCUGCUCUCCCUCCAGAAGGACAGUGAUAGCACAACCUUGCCCGCCUCGUCCUCCAGCCCCAUCCCUUCCUAUCCCCUUUCUGCAUCCCAGUCUCAGGCUCUUCUGAAACUCUAUGGGGGAGGGCAAGGAGCCUAGGCACCUUGAGGAGAGACGCCAACUGCACCCUUGCCACUUCCAAAGCAAUAGAGGCAGAGGGGCCCCCUCUUUGCCACCUAGCCCAGCUUUGACCCUGGCAUUGACUGGCCUAAGAGAAAACUGGGUCCUGGUAGGAGGGGAUGGCAUGGUGUGUUUCUUCCAAUCUGCUGAUUCUCUUGGCUGCACCUUAAAAACAGCAGUCUGCUCCCAUGACCCUCUACCCCUUCCAUUGGUCUCCAGGCCCAGUGACCUGGGGCUGAAACUUUGAGGAAACGCCAGUGACUUAUUCCAGAGUGCCUCAGUUAGGGGAACUUCUCUGUAAAGAACCCUGGGUAUUGAGCAAAAACCUUAUUAAUAUUGUUAAUGAUCUAUAAUUGGAAGCUUCCUGCCUUUUUGGUUGCUCCUGUGGAAAAUACUAAAAAGAUUGUUUUGUUGUCUUUUUAUAAAAGGGGAGGUGGAGAGACCCCUUCAGAGCAGGGAUUGUGCCGGGAGAGUGCCUCUGACUUUGGGACAUUUCAUCCACAGAAAUUUCCAAGCUGAUGGUUUGUUUUGUUUUGGUUUGUAUUUUUGUUUGUUUUGGGUUUGGAAAAAUAAGCAUUUUUACCGUGCACGUAAUUGGUCAACAGAAAAAGGAACCCAGGAGUGGCAGCAGAUGGACCUAUGCCCUUGCUGAGGUUUCCUUUUCUCUGGGACUGUGAGGGGGAAAUGGUUUUCAGAGGUGAGGGAUGGUCCACGUGGAGGAAAGAAAUGUUUCUGUUUGGGGACAGAGGAACCCGGGAGUUCCAUCGCAUUUCCUGCAAUCUGCUCUUAGAUAUCUGCCUUGCCAGGAGAGCCUGCCCUCAGACCACAGGACCACACACCCUGCCUCCAUCUUUCCAAGCACCGGGGCGAAAAACCACAAAGGAAAGGAAGAAAAUUUAUAUAUAUAUAUAUAUAUAAUAUAAAAUCACUUGGUGAUUAAAAAAAUAACUGCUCCAUAAAUAAAACUCCUAAAGUCACUAUGUUUAAA